UGCCAUCAGCAUGUUAAAAUAUUUAGACCAAAAAUGACUGGACACGUUCUUAAGCUUGGAGAUGUUGUCCCAAACUUUGUCUCCGAUUCAACCCAGGGACAGAUUGAUUUCCACUCUUGGUUGGAUGGAAGUUGGGGCAUUCUCUUCUCCCAUCCUGCUGAUUAUACUCCUGUAUGUACAACAGAGCUGGGAAGGGUUCAGACCCUGCAUAAGGAGUUUGCUGCCCGUGGUGUGAAACUGGUUGCUCUAUCUUGUGAUUCCACUGAGUCCCAUCUUGGCUGGAUUAAUGAUAUUCUAGCAUAUAACAAGCUAGAAGAAUUUUCCUAUCCCAUCAUAGCAGACCCGAAUAGAGAUGUUGCCACCCUGUAUGGUAUGUUGGACCCGGAUGAGAAGGAUUCUGCUGGAAUGGCUUUAACCUGCCGAGCUGUUUUCAUAAUUGGACCUGACAAGAGACUCAAGCUAUCCAUCCUGUAUCCUGCAACUACAGGACGGAAUUUUGAUGAAAUUAUCAGGGUUAUUGAUUCUCUCCAGUUGACAGCUACACGAAAGGUAGCUACACCUGUAGACUGGAAGCAAGGUGGAUCCUGUAUGGUAGUUCCUGGAGUUAAGCAAGAGGAUGUUGAACAACUCUUUCCCAAGGGAGUUCAGGUUCACGAGGUUCCUUCAGGAAAGGUUUAUCUCAGAACUACUCCUCAGCCCGAGUAAACAAUGGUUUCCAGUCCGAGGAUAUUUGAGUCUAUAUUUUUCUCAUCUUCAAUGUGGCACCUUUCUCCUUUCACGAGUAGUUGUUUAAUCUUAAAUGUUUCAAUUAUUCUUGGACACUUGAUUGACUAAACAAUGUUUGUUGUUUGUGUUAAAGCACAAUAAACUGUACAAUUCUUUA